AUGCUCGAAAAUGCUAUUUCAGCACUUUCCUGCGUGUAUCUCGGUAAAAUCAAACACGACGAGUUUAUGAUACGAUAUGGUAUUGAGCUGUACAACAAGGCGAUUUCCCAGUUAGCAAGAAUGCUCAGUCAGAAUUCUGUGAAUGUUGAAACUUUAUACGCAACAAUUGUUUUCCAAACACUAGAGGCGAUAUACUGCUCAUAUGGCCUCAGGGCUUGGAUCUCACAUGCGGAAGCGACCGGUAAACUGUUUCAACGGUUUCAUAAGAGUCUCACGGGAAGUCCCAUUGAACAGGCCAUAUACGACCAUCAGAAACUUGCCCUUAUUUACAGCGCUGCCACAGCAUCGGAUUUUACACGAAAUUACAAUCGCGUCUUGCAUACCCAGCUAGUCAGUCCGCUGGAUGAGAUUUUCGAGCUCUACGUGGGCAUCUCGUCAUUGAUUAAUGAAGUUAACCGCGUCGCAUUCUCCGACAAUAAGGCUGCUCAAAGAAUACUAGCUGCCUGCCUUGCUCAGAGGGAAAAGAUCUCCCAAUGGUACGUUCAGCGAGGACAUAUACUGGGACAGUAUCCUUCCAGCUAUUCUGCCGACAGCUUAUCGCACACUGCACCAUCAUCUAUUGAUUUGUUUGGUCUUCCAUAUAAUUUUGUCAACCUAGACACUGCACGGCUCUAUAUUCUCUACUGGACCACAUGUCUACUUGCCGAACUUCUGGUAUAUAAAGUUUCAGCUUCUAUGAUUUCUCCGCGUGAUGGUCGACAAAGAGCGAAUGCCGAGAUACGAGAACUACGAAAUACUGAACAAUGUCUGAUCGCGGAGUCCUACGCUGAUGAAAUUUGUCGGUGUUUGCAGUACUGUCUGCAACCCGAAACGAACGCAUGUGGUGUGCAUAUUAUAGUUGCUAGCCUGAACCAUGUUUAUAAACCUUAUGCGCUGCUACGACGACGAGAAAAGUUUCAAUGGUGUCAAGAUGCCUUCAAAGCUAUCUCUAAUCGGGGAUUAGCCUUGGCAUCUAUUUUGAGUCACGCGGGUCGGGAUGUAUGGCAUUUUCACGAAGGUUCAAAUGGCCCACAGUCCACCCAGAUACCUUUACAAGACACGAUUGAACCCCCUCUUAUACCGAAUAAAGAUGACUCUGUGAAGCUACUUCUAUUGCAGAUGGGAAAGGGAAGAAGAACCAUUGAAUAG